CUUACUCUCGAUCGAGCAAUCUCACCGAAGUCUUAGCUUAAUCGAUUGAUUCGCUCGCAUCGUGUGACCAACGCUCGGGAGCUCAUGGCAAUGGAGUUCGAGAUGGGUCAGCUGGCGAGCCAGCACGGGGCGCUGCUCAAGGUCGGGCUGUUCGUGCUGGUGCAGGCGCUGGUGUACCUCAUCCUCGCCCAGUCCUCCUCCGUCUUCUCCACCACCAAGACCCUCGGCCUCCGCCCGUCGACGUCCCUCUGCGCCCACCGCAUGGUCGCGCUGCUCUCCGACCUGCCACUCGGCGGGGAGCCCUCGCCCCGCGUCCUCUCCGGGGAGCCGUCGUCGCCAGUGCCGGUGCCCACCCACCAGAAGAAGGAUUAGAUAGCCAAGCGCGACUUGAGGCCCACGCACGGGCUUAGCUAGAGGGGAGAUGUACGUUGCUGGUUUCGAGCUGCUACUGGUUUGUGCCUGGUGUACGUAGGACUUUGUUAUAGCUGCUCGCCAUUCUUUUGGUUUGUUCUUUUGGGAUUGUGCGGGCAAAUUCGAUGCCCUUUCGACUUGUACUGUUGUACAUGACCAUAUGACCAUGUUGAAGUUACAUUCCAAUCUGUGCCUGUCUUAGAGCAUGUCUAACAGACCCCUUAAAAGGGCCUAUCUUGUAAAAUAACCGUCGA